UUUUACAAAGCAGGGACGAAACUUUCGUACCUGGCAAAAUGGCCGACCUGGCCACGCCUUUGCUUUGGCUUACCUGAUGCACACAUACAGGAAAUGGGAUAGUCGCGAGCUGAGCUUCACGUAAACGGGAGAGACAUGUGGAGUGUUGAGGUCGCAGCUCGGCACGAGGAGUCAUGACAUAUGCGCAGAUGUCCAGUGAUUUCCCCCAGGAUCAAAGUUAAAGGACUCUACACUGUAGGACAGCAUGUCCACAUCGGCCGUCGCUCUCUACAUUUUACUUGUUACCAUCGUCGCUUCCACCGUAUCAGAGUUCCUGACGUUGACCGUCAAACCUGACAGAGACACGGUCAUCAACAUCUACAGCAGCCAGGUGAAAGGCUGCAAAGUGUGCACCGGGACAGGAAGCUCACGACGAUGUAACACAUCCCUCCUGCUUAAAGACAACACUCCCGUCUCUGUGGAGUUUCAAUGCUCCAGACCUCAAGAUGUUUUCAGCGUGAAAAUUGUGCGAAAUAUAGAAUGUAAAGCAAAUGCCUGCAAUAACCGCAUCAUCCAGGCCGACUCCGGCUCGCAUCCUUUGCUGAAUUUUACCCGCAAGUUCAUCUGGAACCUGAAGGCCUAUGCGCUGAAAGCGUUCAAAAUAGACUUCUCCGACACUGGUCUGAGACAAAUUAAUGCAUCAGAGAGAUGUCCAGACAGACACAGAUACACCCUCCAGGCUGUCCAGACGACAGGGGAGGUGGCCUUGGGGACAUACUGCAGACGGGGACCCAUCCGUAGUGCUCAGAUAUUGAAUCGUGGCAGGUUUUCUCUGGAUGUCCCAGCAGGGCAGAAGCUGCAAAAUGGCCAGUUUGAUGUGUCUGUUGGGGAGGAAAUCAAAUCUCUUGCAAGAAUUACCCUAACAUUACCAAAAGGGACCUCGUCUUCAGAGCUGCUCUCUCCAAACUACCCGGACAGUUUUCCUGACGACGACGUGAUGGAGUGGUACUUUCAGGUCCCGCAUAAACAAAAGACAGCUGUUCAGCUCUUAAAGCUCACAGAGCCAGUUUGUCUGAAGAAGGACACAGCGGUGGAGUAUCACAGCAGAGCGAGAGGGGCGUUGGUGCUGAGGCUGACGGACCCCCAGCCAGACCAGAGUCAGGGAGACUUCUCCCUGACACUGAGGAACUGCGAGAUGGACAGAAGACGUGCUGGUUCUCCUGGUCUGUCCCUAAGCCUCAAUGUGGUCUCUUCAAGUCAAAGUUCACCAGUGUCGUGUACAGUGGAUGUGAGGAAAAUGGAGGGCCUCUCUCUUCACAUUGAGAAGUUGAGACCGGCCUCGGACUGUGAGAUGAAAGUAAACUCUGUGCUGAAGGAGGAGAUCACAGUCACAUCAAACAGUGAGCUGUCUUUCCAGGACUGCCUUCCUGAAGACAUUCGAGUCACAGCCACGGGAGUCAUAGAGUGUAGUCAAUACAAAGACUGCCCGAAGGAUAAAGUGGAUCUGUCGGUGCCUCUGCUGCCCACCUGUCUCCCCGCGCCGCUGAGCAGUGCGACCUGGACUCUUCGUCCUCCUCAGCAGGGCACCGUGGAGCUGACAUCUCCUAAUGAACACCUCAUGCAGUCCCUACCUGGGCAGCCGUGCAAUGACAGCUUUACUAUCAAAGUGGCCGAAGGCGAUGGCACUCCUGUUGGAUCCUUCUGUCCUCAGGGAGCCAUACAGAAGAUCCAAAUCCAUAACAAUGUGUCUGUCACUGUGUCUGGUCUGGGUGACAAAGCACUACCAACGCCUGUGCUGAAUGCCGUAAUAAAAGGGGAUAUAACAGAAAGAUACAUAUUCACCGUAUCUCCAAAGAAGGACAUUCCUGUCCUUUUGGCUACUCCUCAUUGGCCAGUAGGAAUGAAGGCUUACUCCACCAUCUCCUGGAUCGUCUCCGUCCCACCGAAGAUGGAGGCUCACAUCAUGUUUGCCAACCUCAGCCAGCCCAAGUGCAGCAACCGCCACACAAACAUCAGAGUGCAGCGAUUCGGCCGUCCGGAGGAGGACUACAGCCGCAGGGAGGACGAGGAGGCCGACAGUGAGCUCACCGUUUCAGAGAGCUUCUACCUCAACAUGUCCAACUGUAUGCCCCAAAGAGGACACUUCAGCGUCCUGACCAAGGUCACCCUGCAGAAGAAAAUGAACUUUCUGCUGAUUAUCAUCCUGAGUGUGGUGGCUGCUCUGUUGGCUAUCUUUGUGAUUGUGCUCGUAGUGGUCUGUGUGGUGAUUAGGAAGAAGAAGAAGCAACUGAAUCACCAAGAGGCCAUCUACAAUCCAAACGGCACCAGCUUAUUGCCAGGACAGAAUGGCUUUCCGGGAACGCGUGAAGACAACGACUAUCAUGAAUACGCUUCCAUUGACGACACGCUGGUCUACACACACCUGCUGAGAAAGGGGAGAGAGAUCGGCGUCUAUGGAGAGUUUGACACGCACCGGCCCUGCACAGGGAACACAUACUCACAUCAGCCUCUAAAGGGCUCUAAAGACAUUGAUGCUGACGGCACGCGAGACAGCAGACAGCAGUUUCCAGUCUCGUUUCAACAGGCUCCUCCACCACUUCCCAUGAGGCCUUUGAGCCACGACCAACGCCUGGUGGACAAUGUGAUUUACCAGGCUGACGGUCAAAGUGAAGAGGAACAUUCCCCGAAUCUGGGGCCGCGGCUGGAGCCAGAGGGAGGGAACUGAGGAGACGAUUGGAUUUGACUUUCUGCUUUUUACUUGACCUACUUGAUCUUUGAGUUUUUCAUUCCCUGGCGUCUGUGUGAUAUCCUGAUGUUCAGCCUUAGCACAAAGCCUGUGUUUUUCUCUUGAACACAGUUUUGCACCAAAGCCAGACACACAUAACAGUCCUCCUGUUCAAACCUGCCUGCAGCCGUUACCUUGUUUUAUCUCAGAUGAAGGUGCAUUUGGUGCUGAAAGCAGUACAUAAUCAUCCUCUUUAUACCCGUUUUUGCCUCUGUAAGGAGAUAUGUUGCUUGUAGGCAAUUAAUAUUUUACACUUUAGCUGUUUUGUACAUAUUAUGGAUGUUUAAACUGGAGCAAAUGUUUGCUGUUUACUUGCUGAGGUUUUUUAUUCUAGUCAUUAAACCGUUGAGGACUCCACUGCUGUUGCAAUAUGCUGAACUUUUAUAGCAUCAUCGAAACACGAAGGCCAGAUGAUGGCCUGUAUUGCAGGAGAUUGCAACAGCGGUGUUUGAGAACUCUCCCUGUCUAUUUUUUUAUCACUGCUCUUGCACCAGCCGUGGAGACUUCUAGAUACAGUGUCAUGUCACCAUAAAUGCGCCUUACAGAAAGGUCAAUACUUUCCUCCUAAUGCAAGUUAGGAUCUUCGAGUUGUUUUCAGCCAGUUUUGGUUCAGGGAUAAAUAAAAAGUGAGUGCUUUUG